CGUUGUAGUUCCAGGCCCCAGGAAGCCGAAACAAAUCAGCGUGGCCAACAGUACAGUUAACAUAGGAUUAUGUCAGUUUUUAUGUUCUAGUAGGCCUACAUCUGGACUAAUGAUUUUACGGCUACAUAACACGGAAACAACAGUCAUUCGAUGUUCAAGAGGCAGACAUGGUUUGGCAUUUUUACUUACUGAAUUUUUAAUUGAUCUACAUCAACAUCAACUCCAGUCUUCCCACUCCACAUCGUGUUAAACAGUGACCGACUGCAACCAUCAGAACAGUGUGCAGGUAGUUGAAAGACCACUGUCAAAAAUGUCGGGACUCAUGGUGCAUUAUGAUGUGUCUGGCAGUAGUGAGACUGGCGGGGAUUGUAAAAAGCCAACAGGGAACGACAAGCACAAACGUUUCCUCAAGAGUCGACGAUUCCUUGAAAGAAAAGGCUUCCUGAAUAACAAACAAAACAAAACCCAGCAAAGACACAACUCGUGCCCAAACGGCAAAUUCCAACACCAGCAGCAUCACCCAGGACCUAAGCCUUUCCACACUGCUGAUAAACAAGCUUUAGAAGCCGGCAAAUCCUUCCACACAAAAUUCACCCCACAGCAAAGAGAAGGUGCAAGUUCCUCCACUUCUACUUCAGUCCAUACUAACCCAAAACCCUGCCUCGGUUCUAGUCAGACCAAGAAACCCACAGCCCCUGCAGCCAGUGCCAGCUCAUCCUUACCUCAGGGAAAAACGGUUACGGCCACCUCAGAGAGCAUUGUUGUCACACAAUCGGUCCAGGGGAGUGUGCCCCCCUGUGGUAACCCACUGAAGUACUUGGCCAUAGACUGUGAGAUGGUGGGCACAGGGCCAAAGGGUAAAAACAGUGAGUUAGCCCGCUGCAGUAUUGUGUCCUAUGAGGGUGACGUUGUCUAUGACAAGUUCAUCAAACCCAUCAAUCCAGUUACGGAUCUGAGAACCCGCUGGAGUGGAAUCCGUUGGCAGAACCUACGGAACGCCACACCAUUUAUAGAAGCCAAAAAAGAGAUUUUGAAGAUCAUCUCCGGCAGGGUGGUGGUUGGCCAUGCCAUCCACAAUGACCUCAAAGCCUUGAAGUACACUCAUCCAGCUGGGCUGACACGAGACACCUCUCGCAUCCCGCUCCUGAACAAGAAAGCAGGCAUACCAGAAACAGAGGUUGCCUCCUUAAAGAGACUCACCAAGGCUCUUUUCAAUCGUGACAUUCAGGUUGGGCGGAAUGGGCAUUCCUCAGUGGAAGAUGCAAAGGCCACCAUGGACUUGUACAAAAUGGUGGCUGUGGAGUGGGAGAAAGCAUUAGCAUCUAAACCUCUUACUCAGUGAUUACACUGUGAACCUUAUGCCCUCUGUCUAAGCAUUUAAUAUGAAGACUUUUUGCCGUUCAACAUUUUCGGAUUUUAUCUUGGGAGUCACUGCGCUUCCCUGAGAAAAUGUUCUGAUGUGGUUGAUGCUAAGACUACCACAUGAGGGCAGUAAUAGUUCAACUUCAGGUUGUAGAGGAAUGAGAAUGUUUAAAAAUGGGGAUCCUUCCACAAAGACCAGACAAGAAUCUCUGUUGGUGCUUAAUAUAGUCAAUUUCAUGGAAAAAAAAAAGUAAAAUAUGAUUUUAUACUUGCUA